AUGGAUAUCCCGAACCAGAAUAACGGGUCUUCCCCAGCUCACGACGCCACGGCCAAGGACACUCCUCAUAGUGUCGGCCAGACCAUCCCAGAGAACCUCGCCCUCAAGCACGAGAAGCCUGUGCCCAUGGAGUCAUCCACUACCAACCCUGUCUUGCCGCCAAAUUUUCCCGUCAUCUUCUGCUUUGACGGGGAACUUCCCCACGGAAUGAUCUGUACUGAUCGCCUCAUCUCCUUCCAAUGCGCGUACAAACUUCGAGUGGCCGAGGAGGAUCACCGUGUCGCCCUUGAGGCUCUCAUUGCUGGGCUGAGCUAG